AGACAGAUGAUGCAUUGCAUAGCCUAAUUCUGGGUCUGAACCCCCAAACUUUCGCUUUGCUUCUCAUGUGCCAGUCCCGGCGCCCUCAUAAAAACUUGUUAAAACCUAAGCAAUCCAUGAUAUCAGAAUCGCUUUCGCAGACCCAUUUCCAACUCCGCUAAUUUAUGGAAACUCUCUCUCCAUUCUCCAUGAUCAUCGCGCUUCGAUUUACUUCUUAUAAACCCCAAAGCCUAACUCUCUUUUUUUAUUCUAUCUGAUCUUUGUUCCCCAGACCCAGACUCUCCAUCUUUUCUCCAAUCCCCUCCCCCAAGCUUUUACACCGAAAAAAAGCUCUCCGCGGAAACAGUCGCUCCCGGCGCAACAACACCCCCAAACACCCAACACCACACACAUACACACAAGAUGCAGCAAAGAUUACGGUCGCUCAAGCGCCCUCUGCUCCUCGCAGCAGCAGCCACAACAACAGUAACCCUCGGAGGAGCAUACUACGCCUCCCGCAACAAGACACACGUCGUCGACAAGCCCCUCGUCCCGCUCAAGCGUGAUGAGAAGAACCGCAUUGUUCCCCCUACAUUCAACGCCACAAAGACCCGCGCAUCACAACUCGCCGAGCUGCGUCGCAGCGGCGAAGACACAGAAUACGAUCUUCUCAUCAUCGGAGGCGGCGCUACAGGAACUGGUAUCGCUGUUGACGCCAUCACCCGUGGCCUCAAAGUCGCUCUUGUGGAGCGCGAUGACUUCUCUUCUGGCACAAGCUCAAAGAGCACAAAGCUCGUUCACGGUGGUGUGCGAUAUCUAGAAAAGGCUGUUUGGAACCUUGACUAUGGUCAAUUGCAGCUUGUCAUGGAAGCUCUCCGUGAGCGAAAGACAUUCCUCAACAUUGCGCCUCACUUGUCAAGCUCAUUGCCAAUUCUACUACCCCUCCAAAAAUGGUGGGAGGCGCCCUACUUCUGGGCUGGUACCAAGGCCUACGAUCUCCUCGCUGGGUCGCAAGGUCUUGAGAGCUCCUACUACAUGAGCAAGAACAAGGCCCUUGAGGCAUUCCCUCUCUUGCGACGGGAGAAUAUGGUUGGCGCGCUGGUGUACUACGAUGGCCAGCACAAUGACUCUCGAAUGAACGUCGCUCUCGCUCUGACUGCUUCUCACUACGGCGCUACUGUUCUCAACCACGUUGAGGUAACUGGUCUUGAGAAGGAUGCGAACGGCAAGAUCAUGGGCGCUCAAGUGCGCGAUGUCCUCGCUUCCAAGAACGGUGAUGCCGCUGGCGCUCAGCCUUUCAAGGUCCGCGCCAAGGGUGUCGUCAACGCAACCGGUCCCUUCACCGAUGCCAUUCACCAAAUGGAUGACCCCUCUCGCAAGCCUAUUGUCGCUCCCGCUUCAGGUGUGCACAUCAUGCUUCCCAAGGAGAUCUGCCCCAACGGUCUUGGCCUUCUCGACGCUGCCACCUCAGAUGGUCGUGUCAUCUUCGUUCUCCCCUGGCAGGGAUACACUCUCGCUGGUACCACCGACAACCCAUGCGAAGUUGAGGCUGCGCCUGUUGCUCAACAGCAGGAUGUUGACUUUAUCCUCAAGGAAGUCAGCAAGCUUCUGACACCCGAGUCUGUUCUGUCGCGCAAGGAUGUUCUCGCUGCCUGGUCUGGCAUCCGACCUCUCGUCAAGAACCCCAACGCCAAGAACACCGAGUCCCUCGUCCGAAGCCAUCUCAUCACCGCCUCCCCCUCCGGUCUCCUGACCUGCGCUGGUGGCAAGUGGACCACCUACCGUGAAAUGGCCGAGGACACCGUCAACGAGGCCAUCAAGCUCUUCGACCUCAAGCCCCAAGCCGUGGCUCUUCCCGACAUCAGCGGCGCCGGCGCUUCCGGCUUCACCACCCGCGGCGUUUGCUGCACGCGCAACGUUCCUCUCAUCGGCGCCCACGGAUACUCCACAUCUCUCGCCUCUCAAUUGAUGGAGGUCUACAAUAUCGACGCUGACAUUGCUGAUCAUCUCGCCCACAACUACGGUGAUCGCGCCUGGACUCUUCUCUCCAUCUCUCCCUCCCUCAACACCCGUCUUGUCUCCUCUCUUCCCUUCAUCGAGGCUGAGGUCUCUCACGGCAUUCGCUCCGAAGCCGCCUGCACCAUCCCCGACAUCAUCGCCCGCCGCACCCGUCUCUCAUUCCUCGACUCCCACAAGGCUCUUGAGGCUCUUCCCCGCGUCCUCGACAUCGCCUCCACUGAACUCCAAUGGAGUGCUGCCCGCAAGGAGCAGGAGAAGGCUGAUGCUAUCAAGUUCCUCGCCUCUAUGGGUCUUGAGCAGCAGACCGAUGCGCCCGUGCAGGCCUCCCAGGAGGAGAAGAUGCCCGUACGCAGCAUUGAGCACUCACCCCGCCCCACCCGCGUCGGUGGUCUUGAUGUCGACCUGAACGGUCUCGGUGGUACCGGCUCUUACAGCAAGUCGCGCGACGACUAGAUGAGCAUUUCAUUUUUAGAGAUAGCAUGUAGCAUAUAGAGAUUCCCGGCAUUGGUUGUGUUACACUAAAAGCAUGGCGCAUAGAUGCAGGAUUGGGCUGGGAUUGGACAAGGCGUCACGGAUUUCCUUGAUAACUAUAUAUUUUAAUGAACUUUCAUG